AUGAUGGAAUAUACAUCUGUUGAUGUUCAACCUACACCAACACUUACUAAUAUGGUGGUAGAGGGAUGGGAUCCAGUUAAGAAUGCAGCUAUGCAAACCUAUACGAAUUUAAAUUCACGGCCUAAUGGUAUACGCCAAGUAUGGGAUGAAUUGAAGGGAAAUGGAAUGAUGGCUUUUGGUGGGGCAAUUGCUUGGUGCAGUACUAUAUUGGUGCUGGCUUGUCUGAUGUUCUUGACUCGAGUAACAGUUGCUAAUAACUUAUCUGGACUGUUGGGUCAUGGCGUGCCGCAUUACGGAAGCCAAAGUGCAUCGAUUCAACUGUGUGUUAUGGCUGUGAUAACCCUGGUGAUUGGUGGGGUUGGCUUAGGAUAUUGGGUUAAAGAGUUAUGCCAUACUGGUAAACCGCGUAAAAUGCCAUAUGUAGCUGCUAAGUCUGCUGCAGCUACUUUAAUGAUUUUAGUCCCAGCUUCUAUAGUGACCUUUGGUGUAUUUGGACUUAAGGGUCUUUUAAACAUGGCUAGAGAGGGAGCAAUUGAUAAUGGCAAGGCUCCACUCAUAGGAAAGGUUGGGAUGUUUUGGAUUAUGGGCGGAAUCUUGGCUAUACUCGGAGUGCUGGCUUUGGUAGCAAUGGCACUUUGGACAAUUAGGAGGAUCAAACAGCCAAAGGAGACACGGCCAUCUGUUAGGGAUCUACUUCUUCCAUUCCUGCUAUUUGUUGCUUUGAUCGUGGUUCUUGUUUGGGGCGGUAUUCUUUUGAAUAGCCUUGGGGUUAGAGCCGUAGAUCUUUUUAGGUAUAGGAAUGGGAUUGGAUCCAGUAGCUUUGAUUUACAUCCUUUUGAACUUUUGAUUAAGGGCUAUACGCCAUAA